AUGCCUAUUGCUAAAACUACUGCCAUUCGUCGAACACUUGAAAAAAUCUCGGAUGAAUUAGAUAAAAUUGCAAAGGAGCUAAUACCCGGAAGUCUCGACUGGCCAACUAUUGUUUAUGUCAAUAAAGUUCAAGAACAGACUGACACAUACUCGGACGACCUUGACUUGUUAUUUGACAUAGUGAAUUCUACUUUAUACGAAGCAAAGCUUAAAUUAAAAAAUGAAAUUGCUAAAGCAGAAAAAAUAAACGACGAGGAAGAUUGGAUUGCCGUGGAUAUGGCUGCCGAUGAAUUUAUUAAAACAGCAACAGCCGCAGUGUUUUUUGAUGAAGAAUACCAUUUGGCCGAUAAUGCUUACCUUACUUAUCUUUUCAAAGAAGAGAUUGUUUUAUUGCUGAAUGAUGGAACUUUAAAGAGUGCCGAAGACUUUAAUAAAAAUGAUUUAAUCCAGAAACAUUCGACAAAUUAA